AUGGCUGUUGGAAAGAACAAGCGCCUCUCCAAGGGCAAGAAAGGUCUCAAGAAGAAGGUCGUCGAUCCAUUCUCGCGCAAAGAAUGGUAUGAUAUCAAGGGCCCGUCGUUCUUCGAGGUGAAGAACAUUGGCAAGACUCUUGUCAACAGGUCGCAGGGUCUCAAAAACGCCAGCGACUCGCUCAAGGGACGAAUCAUCGAAGUCUCGCUUGCUGACCUUGUCAAGGACGAGGAACAGACCUUCCGCAAGAUCAAGCUACGAGUCGACGAGGUCCAGGGCAAGAACUGCCUGACAAACUUCCAUGGCAUGGACUUUACCUCUGACAAACUCCGCUCCCUCGUCCGCAAGUGGCAGUCGCUCAUCGAGGCACAUGUCGACGUCAAGACGACAGACGGCUACAUUGUCCGACUCUUUGCCAUUGCCUUUACCAAGCGAAGACCUAACCAGGUCAGCAAGACGACCUAUGCUCAAACUGCCCAGAUCCGGGAGAUUAGAAAGAAGAUGUUUGAGAUCAUGACUCGCGAGGCGACAUCGUGCGAUCUCAAGGAGCUCGUGCAAAAGUUUGUCCCAGAGGCCAUUGGUCGCGAAAUCGAAAAGGCCGCCCGCGGCAUCUACCCUAUCCAAAACGUCUACAUCCGAAAAGCCAAGAUUGUCAAGUCGCCCAAGUUUGAUAUCAACAAACUUUUGGAGCUCCACGGCGAGGUGACGGAUGAGACUGGUACAAAGAUUGCAAAGGACUACAAGGAGCCGGAAGUGCAAGCAGAGGUCUAA